CCUAGUUCGUACGACCCGUACAGCAAUGUUUCAUAUACGCGAAUCAACAAGUCCAGAAGACGCGAUGGACUAAGAUCUGAGCAAGAUCGAAUCUACAAUCGACCACCACCAGUCGUGAAGAAGAUCUUCCUAAGACCGAACCAAGAUGCCCAAUUCAAACCAAAACAAUUCAUAUGGCGUGUUUGGAGGAUUCCGCGACUGAAAAGUUUGAUUCAAGAAGCCGGCGAGUUCUUGGGUUACGACGAUGGUGUUGCAGAAUGCCUGUAUGACAUGAACGGACGAUUAAUCCAGAAUGAAAAUGAAAUUGAUAACGGACAGACAUAUAUUCUGGCUGGAAUGGAACCUCUCAAUAUGAAGUAG